AAAACUUACUAAGCGGGUAGAAAUGACAGUAGUAACACCUGUGGAGUCAGACAGUGAAAAUUUGGCCUUCUCUGAGUUGAAAAUCGAAGACCUGAAGCUGCAAAUCCAGGCUGAGGCUCCAGAAAAAGAAUCCAAACCACCUUUAGAGUCUAGAAUAGGCAAGGAUUCUCCCUUCACCUUCGGACAAAGAUACUUGAAAAGUGACGAGGAUGUUUUCAACCAUAAUGCAUGGGACCAUGUGGAAUGGGGUGAAGAACAGAUCGAAGAGGCCAAGUCUAUGAUAGCUAAACAGUACGAUCAUCCUGUAAAGGACUUUGACAAGAAGCUCUACAAUUCCAACCCAGCCAAGUAUUGGGACAUUUUCUACAGACAUAACAGAGAGAACUUUUUCAAAGACAGAAAGUGGCUUCAAAUCGAGUUCCCAUCUUUGUAUCAGGUUACGGCUGAAGACUACCAGGAAAAAUGUACAAUUUUGGAAAUCGGAUGCGGUGCUGGAAAUACAUUUUUUCCAGUAUUGAGUCAGAACAAGAACGAAAACUUGAAGAUUGUGGGCUGUGACUAUUCGAAAGUGGCCGUAGAUUUGGUUCGCUCUAAUGAACAGUUUGCUCCUAACCAUGAGAAGGGUGUAGCAUUCUCGUCAGUUUGGGAUUUGGCUAAUCCUGAAGGACAGCUUCCUGAAGAUGUAGAAGAAAACUCGGUGGACAUAGUCAUUAUGGUUUUUGUGUUUCUGGCGCUUUCACCUGACCAAUGGAAGCAGGCUGUCUCCAACUUGGCCAAGAUUUUGAAGCCCGGUGGAGAGAUUCUCUUCAGAGACUAUGGCAGAUACGACUUGGCCCAAGUCAGAUUCAAGAAGGGAAGACUCUUGGACGAUAACUUCUAUAUUAGAGGAGAUGGUACUAGAGUGUAUUUCUUUACGGAAGAGGAGUUGAGACAGAUAUUUUGCAUAGACGGUCCUUUCACCGAAGAGAGAAUUGCCACCGACAGAAGAUUGUUGGUGAAUAGAAAGAAACAGUUGAAGAUGUACCGUAACUGGUUGCAGGCUGUGUUCAGAGGAUAACGGUAAUUGUAAAUUAGAGCUAAGGAAAUUAGAAUUAUUGUAAACUAGAACUAUUAGAAUGAACUUUU